GCGAGGUUUUCUCGGCCGAGUCGGUCACUGCGCCUGCCUGUCCGCGCCGUGUCCGGGCUCCGCGGAUCAGCUCUGAAUGGGCAGAGGCGCCAUGCGAGCCGGGCGGGCGCUGGUGCUGCUGCAGGUGGUGCUGCUGACCAUGCCUGGAGCCCAAGCGAACUGUGGGCAGAAUGAGUAUCCACACGGAGGUCUCUGCUGUGUGCUGUGUGAAGCAGGUACUUUUGUUGCUGAUCACUGCAGUGUUUCUCACUGGAGAGGAAAAUGUGGCUCUUGCAAGGAAGGAAAAAGCUUUACUGCCCAUGCAAAUGGCUUGGAGGGAUGUGUGCCUUGCAGACAGUGCAAUGAAGACCAGAUAACCCUGAGACCCUGUACUGUGACACAGGAUGCUGAAUGCCAGUGCAAACACGGGUAUUCCUGUGCUGAUGAGGGCUGUGAGAUAUGUGAGAGAAUCAGUCAAAUGCCUCCGGACGGGAAAGGAAUCUCACAGAAUUCCACCGAUGCUACAGACGCAGGCUCACCCAGUCAAGGGAUGAGCCCUCUUGUUUGGAUUAUUCUGGGUCUGUCUGUCUUCGUUUUGGUUGUUGUCAUUGUUGUUGUUAAAAAGCUGAAGUGUGAUAAAGCUGCCUCAAUUGAUAAAGAUGCAGAGAGAGGUCUGGUACAAGAGCCAAAUCAGAUAACUGCUAAAGAUCUCUCUCAAAGUGAACUGGGAAUGCCGUCUGAUGUUUUUAUAGCGGAAAAACCAUCACAACAGUGUGAGCAGCUUACGAAAACUCAGCUACAGGAAAAUGAUACUGCAGAAAUUAUUUCUACUACUAUUUUUUCUACCUGGCUGGUGGGGGCCAAGAGUCGGCUGCUGUUUUUGCGAGCACUGUGA